AACUGGGUUUAUACCCUUCUCUGGGUCAUUGCCAAAUUUGGAGGAACUUGAUUUGUCAUACAACAAGCUAGAAGCAGGAGACUGGGAAUUUGUCUCUUCACUCACAAGUUGUACCAGGUUGACUAUGCUGAUGUUGGCUGGGAACAAUCUUCAAGGCAAAAUACCAAGUUCGAUAGGCAAUCUUUCUGAUAGUCUCGAGUGGCUGUGGCUAAGGGAAAACCAAAUUUCUGGGCCUAUACCACCUGAGAUUGGCAAUCUUAAGAGCCUCAGCAGGUUGUACAUGGAUUACAAUCUUAUCACUGGAAAUAUACCACCAACAAUUAGUAAUUUGCAGAGCUUGGUCCAUCUAUCCUUUGCACAUAACAAACUGUCAGGGCAAAUACUGGAUACUAUUGGUAAUCUGGUUAAGCUAAAUUCUCUGAAAUUGGAUGGGAACAACAUUAGCGGAAGGAUACCUGCAAGUAUAGGACGUUGUACUCAACUCCAAAUACUCAACCUUGCUCACAACUCACUAGAAGGGAAUAUACCAAGUGAAAUCUUCAAAAUUUCUUCGCUUUCUGAAGAGUUGGACUUGUCACACAAUUACCUAUCUGGGGGAGUACCAGCGGAAGUUGGCAAUCUCAUUAAUGUGAACAAAAUUAGCAUAUCAAAUAACAGGUUAUCCGGCAACAUCCCAUCCACUCUUGGCCAGUGUGUGGUUCUGGAGUACUUGGAUAUUUCUCAUAACAAUUUGUCCGGAAAGAUUCCACAGUUCCUCACAUCCUUAAGUUCCCUGCAAAAUCUUAACUUAUCCUUCAACAAUUUUGAUGGAGCAGUUCCAGGAGGCGGUAUUUUUAACAAUACUGGUGCAGUGUCAGUUGAAGGAAAUCAUGAUUUGUGUACCAGCAUUCCAACAGGAGGUAUACCUCUUUGUUCAACACAAGUUGACAGAAAAGGGAAACAAAAUUCAUCGGCUCUAGUCCUACGGAUAGUAAUGCCAGCUGUUUCUGCUGUCCUAUUAAUUUUGUCGUGUAUUGCAACAAUUUACUGGAGGAAGAGGAUGCAGGAAAAUCCACAUUUGCAAGAAUUCAGUGAGCACAUGAAGAAGAUAUCAUAUGAAGACAUUGUAAGGGCAACAGAUAGGUAUUCUCCAGCAAACCUAAUUGGAUCAGGAUCAUUUGGAGUGGUUUACAAGGGCAGUUUGAGGCUUCAGGAAGAUCAGGUUGCCAUCAAGAUAUUCAGCCUAAAUAAUUAUGGAGCAAAUAGGAGCUUUAUUGCAGAGUGUGAAGCCCUGCGAAAUGCCCGUCACCGGAAUCUUGUAAAGAUCAUCACAUCAUGUUCUUCUGUGGAUUCUAAUGGGGCAGAUUUCAAGGCCCUAGUGUUCCAAUACAUGCCGAAUGGGAACCUAGAAAUGUGGCUGCAUCCGGAAGACCUUGAACAUGGUGAGAAACAUAUCCUGACUUUAAGCCGAAGGAUCAAUAUUGGCUUGGAUGUAGCCUUUGCUUUGGAUUAUCUUCAUAACCAGUGUGCAUCUCCACUAAUACACUGUGACCUAAAGCCAAGCAAUAUUCUUUUGGAUCUUGACAUGGUUGCCUAUGUCACUGACUUUGGCCUGGCAAGGUUUGUACUCACAACAUCAAAUGUACAAGAAGGUGAUUCGACAAGUCUGGCCUGCCUAAAAGGAUCCAUCGGAUACAUCCCUCCAGAGUAUGGCAUGAGCGCAGAGAUAUCAACCAAGGGUGACGUCUACAGUUUUGGAGUGCUUCUGUUACAGAUGAUAACAGGGCGAAGUCCAACUGACAAAAAUUUCAGUGAUGGUGCAAGCCUUCAUGAAUUUGUUCGUAGAGCAUUUCCAGAUAAUAUUUGUGACGUUGUUGAUCAAACAAUGCUAGAAGACGACAGCAAUGCACAAGAAGUAAUAAAGAACUGUGUCAUUCCACUUGUUAGAAUAGGCCUCUCUUGCUCCAUGACAUCGCCCAAAGAGCGGCCGGACAUGGGCCAAGUUUCUACUGAGAUCCUUAGAAUCAAGCAUGUGGCCUCACCCAUGUAUGUCAGAUGAAGCAAAGCAUAGGCAGGAUGGUUGCUAGCGAUGGAAAUUCGUGUAAAGAAGAAUAAUGAUGUACCUGUACUAUCUCAUGGCUUUUCCUUCUUUUGAGUUCAGUUAGACAGAUAGUGACCCUUGCAAACAGUGUAAUCUUCUCUUUUGCUCUAUUUCAGUUUUAAUAAUUUUCUUCUCCAA